AUUAUUUUCCAGAUUAACAAUCAUCCAGUCCAUUAGAUUCAUCCCAAGAAACUGAGAUAUGUAACUCGAGGGGAUAAGUUUAUACCACAUACCUGCAGUAGAGGGACAAUCUCACAAUAAAUGAACCAUAGAUUCUUGGCUACCAUCUGAGAAUCGCGGCCUCACCCUCUCCUGAUUUAUGAAAAUACCGGGUCUCAAAAUCAGCCAUAUGAAGUGGAUGAAUAUAGUGGGCAAAUUAUUUCCCCAAACAGGAUAACCCGCCAAUUUUAAACACCCACACUCCAUUACACCCAAUCUCAUAUUAAACCAUGUGAUUUACUUUGUAACUAAUCCCGUCAAUACAUCUGACGGUCCGGAUUUAACUUUUACCUUAAAAUGUUUCUUCAUCGGUCGUAUUUUAAUACAUUUCAUUUUCCUUUUUUGUAGUUGAUCACCCGCGCAACUCGCCUCUCCUUUCUUCUGUUUAGCUACCCUCCAAUCCCAUUGCCAUUUCUCUAAAUCUAAACACGAAAUAUUCAAAAAAGCUUCAAAUUAUUUUCAACGAAUCGAAAAGAAAAAAUUUUGAAAGCUGGAAUUUUUUUUUUUUGGCAAAUUUCUUGGGAGAGUCGAAGAAGAAUCUUGUCGGAAAUUUUCGAAACAUUGAGACUUUGGAUUCUUUCGAAAUUUCGUUUUGUUUUAAUAAAAUCACAAAUUAUUCCCGUAUAUAAAAAAAUAAAAAUAAAAUAAGCGUUUGUUGUCUACCAAAACGAUUUCGUAAGUUUCAGUUUUUCUUUUCCUUUUGGAUGUGUGGUAGCUGAGAUAGUGGGAGGAAAGAAAAUUUGAAGUUUUUUUACUUGUGUUGUUGUUUUGAUUAAAUGAAAUGGCAAAAAAAAUUGUAAAAAAAAAAUAGUUAUUAAAUGCUGAAACACAAAUGUGGUGUUCAUGGAUGUUGUUGUCAUCAUUGGUUCUUCAAAUCGAUUCCAUAAUUUUCUCUUUUUAUGUUUGGUUGAUGAGAAAAUGGAGGAACAAACAAGGAGUAGCCUUAUAAACGGAAAGAAUGAAAAACUGGGGAAAGAAAGGGGGGUUUUGAGAAUGAACAUGCGAAGAAAUGAUUUUAACUCUUUUUUUUUUUUGGGUAAAAUGCAGAACUCUGAAGGAGGAAUGGAAGUUUUUGAAGAUAUCCAGUGUUGAGGGAGAAUUCGAAUCUAAAUUAAAUUAGAAUCAACUGAUUGUUUUCAAUAAAUUUCUUUGAUAAAAAAAAGGUCGAAAUGGUGGCAUCGCAGUUAGCUGCUGUCUUAUCCAAGUUGCAAACAUUGUAUUCAGAUCAUGCCUCUGUGGUCUCCAUGAACCUAUUCGUCGCGCUUCUUUGCGCUUCCAUUGUGAUCGGUCAUCUUUUAGAGGAGAACCGAUGGAUGAACGAAUCAAUUACUGCCCUUGCCAUUGGUCUUUGUACUGGGGUCGUUAUUUUGUUGACGAGCGGGGGUAAAAGCUCACGUCUUCUUGUCUUCAGUGAAGAUCUGUUCUUUAUUUAUCUUCUACCCCCUAUUAUAUUCAAUGCUGGGUUUUCUGUGAAAAAGAAGCAAUUUUUCCGUAACUUUAUUACCAUCAUGCUGUUUGGGGCUGUCGGUACAUUAAUUUCUUGGUCAAUUAUAUCUUUUGGUGUUAUCAAGUUCUUUAAGGAAAUGGACAUUGGUUCAUUGGAGAUUGGAGAUUUUCUAGCAAUUGGUGCAAUCUUUGCUGCUACAGAUUCUGUUUGCACACUGCAGGUGCUUAAUCAGGAUGAGACUCCAUUACUCUACAGUCUGGUUUUUGGAGAGGGUGUUGUAAAUGAUGCAACAUCAGUGGUGCUUUUCAAUGCAAUCCAGAGUUUUGAUCUCACUAAUACAAAUCAUAGAAUUGCUUUGGAGUUUAUUGGCAGCUUUUUGUAUUUAUUUUUAGCAAGCACUCUGCUGGGAGUGGCUGUUGGGCUGGUAAGUGCUUAUAUCAUCAAAACGUUAUACUUUGGCAGGCACUCAACAGACCGUGAAUUCGCUCUUAUGAUGCUCAUGGCAUACCUUUCAUAUAUCAUGGCUGAACUGUUCUAUUUGAGUGGCAUUCUCACGGUGUUCUUUUGUGGGAUUGUGAUGUCGCAUUAUACCUGGCACAAUGUUACAGAGAGUUCAAGAAUAACUUCCAAGCAUGCUUUUGCUACCUUGUCGUUUGUUUGUGAGACUUUCAUCUUUCUCCAUGUUGGAAUGGAUGCCUUGGACAUUGAGACGUGGAAAUUUGUAAAUGACAGACCUGGAACAUCAAUUAUUGUUAGUUCUGUACUGCUUGCACUGGUCAUGGCUGGAAGAGCAGCUUUUGUGUUUCCCUUGUCGUUUCUAUCCAACUUAGCACACAAAUCAGCUAAUGAAAAAAUCAGCUUUAGGCAACAAAUCAUAAUAUGGUGGGCUGGUCUCAUGAGAGGUGCAGUAUCUAUGGCACUUGCUUAUAAUCAGUUUACAAGGGCAGGGCACACACAAUUGCGAUGUAAUGCCAUUAUGAUUACAAGCACCAUCACUGUUGUUCUUUUUAGCACUGUGGUUUUUGGACUAAUGACUAAACCUCUAAUAAGGUUCUUGCUGCCUAAUUCUAAAGUAACAAGUGCACCCUCCGGAUCAUCAUCUCCAAAAUCGAUUACAGUGCCAUUUCUGGGAAGUACUCAGGAUUCAUUUGAAGAUAGUCCAAAGGGAGUUCAACAGCCAAGCAGCAUUCGCGCACUUCUUACAACUCCAACACACACCGUUCAUUACUACUGGCGCAAGUUCGAUAAUGCCUUUAUGCGGCCAGUGUUUGGUGGGCGGGGUUUUGUUCCCUUCGUUCCUGGCUCUCCAGCAGAAAGGAGUGAACAUAAGCUACCUCAAUUGCAAUGAGACUGGUGGAUCAAGAUGUACUACUAUGCAUCCAAUGUCUUGUGAAGACUUCUCAAAGAAAUUUUACAAGGCUGCGCGAGAAGUGUUUAACGUAAUUGUUCUUUUUUUAUUUGGCUCUGGUUAUGUACGUAGCAGUGGCGAAACUUCACACUAAAUUUUGAGGUGUGAAUUAGUAAAUAAUUUAAUCAAUAUCAUAUUAUACAAAAAAAAAACAAAAAAAAAAACAAAACAUAGUUCGAAAUUUUGGGCUUUGUUGUUGUAAAAU